AAGUUGGGUUCCCAAGUAGUAAAAACUUUUCUCAUUGGAGGACACAAGUGAUGAUAUAUUGAAAUGAAGAGUUGUCCUAUUGAAUAGUACAGUUGAGACUGACUUAUUAUUUUUGGGUCUGUAUUACAAAAUAUUGAUUCAAUCCCUAUGCUUCCCAAUAAGACAGACUUUACGAAAGCAAGGAAAAUAAUUGCUUCUUUCCUAAGACAACAUCGCACCAGUGAAGUGGUUCUUGAGAAUAAUCGGGUUGUAGUUUUAGAAGCUGACUUGCCUACCCAAGUUGCCUUUACAGCUUUGUUAGAAAACGAUAUUCGAGGUGCACCUUUAUGGGAUAACGAACAACAAAGAUUUGUUGGUAUGAUUACUUCGAGUGAUUUGGUGGAUAUAUUGUAUCACUGUAUGGAGCAAAGGAUGGAACGCUCUUCUCAGUUCAAGUCGAUUCCUUUAACAAGUUGGAAAGAUAUUCUUUAUUGUCCUCGUUGGCAUCGCGACGUUUCGUGGAUAUAUACAGAAGCAGACAGUAGUUUAUAUGACUCUUGUCAUAUUUUAAAGAGAUAUGCCAUUCACAAACUUCCUGUGCUUUCUGUAGAGGACAAUUUAGUUGUUCAUAUUCUUACCCAUUCGCGCAUUCUUUCCUUUGUUCAUCAACAACUUGGAAAUACAGAUAGAGACUUGGAAGCAUUGUUUUCUGUUUCUGUGCAAGAUUUGUGUAUUGGAACUUGGGAUACAAUUUAUACAACUGGACUCGGUCAGAGUUUGGAAAAUAUUUUAUCACUUUUUCAUGAAAGAAAUGUGUCUGCUGUCCCUGUGGUUGAUCAGAAUGGAAUGUUGCAAGACUUGUUUGCUAGGUCAGAUGUAUGUCAUUUAGCGAGGAAUUGGAAUCAGUGGAAUUGGAACAGUACUAUUGAAAGUAUUUUAUCUCUAUUUCGACCAAACCCUAUGUAUGUGUAUACUUGUUUCAAGACAGAUUCGUUGAGACAAGUGUUUGAUAAAUUUUGUAAAACUCUCGUUCAUCGACUAUUUGUUGUAGACGAAAACAGAAAGGUGAUUGGAGUCAUAUCUUUGAGUGACUUGUUGGGAUACUUUUUGGAAUAAAAAGAAAUAUUCAAAAGCUACA